AUGAAAAAUGAUAAUGGAAUAAUUUAUAAUAUAGAUAAUAAACAAAAAAUUGACAAAAUAAUUAACAAUGAAAAAAACAGUUCCAAAAAAAAUGAGAAAAAUAAUGAAAUAAAUAAUAAUGAAAAUAAUAUUGAAAAAUUAAUUAAUCAACAUAAUUCACGUGAUAAUUUGAAUAAAUUAAAAUUGGCAUCAUUCGAUACAUCAAAACACAUCAAUUUUUGUCAAAAUAAAAAAAUUAAUUUAAAAGAAAAUUCCAAUAAUUGUCAAAAAAAUAAUUGCAAGAAAAAUGAUAUUGAAGCACAUGAAUACAAUGGGCAUUUUAUAAAUAAGGAAAAAAAUAUUCCUGAUAAUCAUCAAAAAAAUAGAGAAAAUAUAUACAAAAAAAUGAGUGAAAAAAUGGAAGUAACUAAUUUUUUUAAAGAAAAAAGUAUUGAACAAAAUAAAAAUUCAGAAGUACAUACAAAUUUUAAUAAUAUAAAUAAUAUUUUUAAUACUUUAUUUGAAGAAAAUUUAAAUUUUAAAAAUCAUUUAACAGAAAGUUUAAGUUUUUCAAAUAUUCCAACGAAUAAAUUAAAUCCAUGUGAAAAUUUUUUAAAAAAUCCAUCAAAUAAUGAAAAUUUUAUAGUACAUAAUAAAAAUGAUGAGACGAAAAAUAAAAUGAAUACAUUGAAUUAUAAUAAUUAUAAAAAUCAAUUUGAAGAUGAAAAUGAAGUAGAAGCAAGAGAUUUGCGUAUUAAAAAUAUGAAUACAUUUGAUACAAAUCAAGAGAAUUACUAUGAAAGAAAUGAUGAUAAUAUAUAUCUUAAGAAAAAUGAUAUAGAAAAGAAUUGUGUAAAUAAUGAUAAUUUUAAUAAUUAUACUCUUUUAAAUAAUGAAAGCAAAAUAUACAAUAAUAACAAAAAUUAUGUUAUGUAUAAUUCAGAUAAUAUGGAAAAUGAAAAUAUUUUAAAUGAAACUGAAGAAAUUCCAAUAAUAAAUAAAAAAGUUAUUAAUUCAAAUAAUUAUAUAAUUGAAAAAAAGGAAGAAAAAAAUAAUGAAAAUUAUUCAAAUGAAAAAUUUAUAAUUGAUAAUUUUAAUACACAAAAAAAUUAUUUUUUAAAUAAUAAAAAGGAUUAUAAUGAUAGCAAUAAUAAUAAUAAUAAAUACAUAGAAAAUAAUAAAAAUAAUUAUAAUAAUUACAUCUUUUAUAAAAAUAAUGUAUGCAACAAUAAAAUAGAAAAUAAUUUUAUUGAUAAAUAUAAGAUAAACAAUAAAAAUGCAAAUUAUAAUGAAUCUAAUAAUAUAAAAAUAACAUAUAAUAAUUGUAUGAAUCCUAAUGAAAUUAAUAAUUUAAACAAAGAUAAUUUAAUUAUCAGUAAAAUGGAUCAUUUAAAUACUGAUAAUAAUGAUAAUGAUAGAAAAACAUAUUUUUUAAAAAAUGAAAUAGUUGACAAAACAGGUUAUAAUACUCAAGAAAACAACAGUGAUGGAUUUAUUAAAAAUAGUUUAAUAGAUAACAUAAAUACACUGGAUAACUUCAAAUUAAUGAAUUAUAAUAAUAACUCAGAAUACAAUGAUAUAAAUAAUAAUCACUUAAUUAAAUAUAGCAAUAAUGUAAAUAAUUAUAAUGAUGGCCAUAUUUAUUCCAUGUAUGAUACAUUUAUGUCUCCUAAUUACAACUUCAACAACGAUGACAAUAAUGUUAAUAAUCUAUUUAUUAAUAAUGAUUCUAUAAAUAGUUUCAGCUAUGCUCCUAAUAAUAACGGUUGCUAUAUGGGAGAUAAUUAUGAAAAUAAUAUUUAUAUUAAUAGUAAUUCACCAAUGAAGAAUGAACAAUAUAUUAAUUAUAAUAAAAAUUAUGCAAGUAAUAAUAAUAUCAAUAAUAAUAAUAUUUAUGCUAACGAAAAAUCGAUUAAUAAUUUAGAAUAUAACAAUAAUGGCUAUGUCACUGUAAAUUCUGCUAGUAAUUUAAAUUAUGUAAAUGAUAAAAAUCAAGAAAAUUUAAAAGGUAAUAUAUCACAUAAGAAAGAUAAUGAAUAUAUGGAAUAUAAAUUUCCUGGUUUUAUAAAGGAUAAUGCUUCAUAUGAUAAAAAAUAUUAUAAUACUUUUUCAAAAAAUGAUUUGAUAUGUGAAAAUAAAGAAUUUGUGGACAAUAAUUAUAGUAAUUCAAUUAAAAAUAAUAAAGAACAGAACAUGAAUUUUAAUAAUAAAAAUUAUAAUAAUUUUAAUAGUAAUAAUAAUUAUAUUGAAAAUAACAAAAUAAAAUUAAAAAAAACAGAAAAUGAUUCAUAUAAUUUAAAUGAUGAAAAAGAAAAAAUAGACAUAUUUUGUGAUAUGUUAUUUAACAAAGAAAAAAGAGCAAUAAAUAAUAGAGAAAUGAAUUACAGUAAAAAUAGAGAAGCUGAAUUAAGUAAUGAAGAUGUAAAUAAUUCAUUUAAGAAUUUUACUAAUGAUAAUCAAACCUUAAGGCAUAUUUCUUAUAAUGAGAAAAACAAUUCUGAAUAUGCAGAAUUAAUACAUCCAAAAAUAAACGAUAAUUAUUGUUUAAAUAAAUUAAGAAGUAAUUUUUUAGAAAAUAAUUUUAAUAAUUUUGAUAGCCAAUAUAUUAAUUAUAAAAAGCAGAGCAAUGCUUCAGUUAAUGAAAUAAAUAAUAAUACACAACCAAGUUUAAAAAAAAAAGCACAUUUUACUAAUGAGUUUCCAAAAAAUAAACAAAAUGAAGAAAAUGAAUUAUAUGGAAAUAAAGGAUUUCUUUAUGAAGGUAUACAAAACUUUAAUAAUUCCGAAAGUUUAUAUACUAUAAAAAAUAAAGAUAUUAAUAAUUCUUUUGAGCUUAGUUUAUUUGAUAAUAACAAUGAGUUAAAUAAUAAAUACGAGGGAUUAUUUGAAAAGAAAAUGAUAUAUAAUUUGUAUUUGCAAUCAUUAUUAACAAAUAUAAAUAAUUCAUAUAAAAACGAAAAUUCAUCUCCUAUAAGUGAUGAAAACAUAAAGAAUGGGGUAAAUGAUCAAUUGAUAUUAUUCAAUUUAAAUAAUAUGCAGAAUAAAAUUUUAAAUAAAUUUCCAAAAAUAAAAAAUUAUUUUUCAUAUUUAGAUUAUUAUAUAGAAUCAUUGCGAUUAUUAUACAAUAAACUAUUAAGUAAUAGAAAUUUAAUAUUAAAAUUAGCUAAAGAAAUUUUCUCAAAAAAUAUAAAUGAAAAAAAAAUUUAUAGCUCUAUUGAUGAAAGGCACUCUUAUUUUAGAGAAUUAUUAUCAAUGCUAUUGCCUCAACCACCUAUAUUUCCAUCUUUUGAAAUUUGGAUAUAUAUGGAUAAAAAAAAUGCUUCACAAAUUCAUAAACUUCACUUAACAUUAUAUAUUAUUUAUCAAAAAAUAAUUUAUAAUUUUUCUAAUAUAUUACUUCAAAUAAAUAGUGACAUAAACUAUUCGAAUAAAAAUAAAACCAGUAAAAAUAAUGUAGCUGAUUCUUUAAAUUAUUACGUUGAUGACAAGCAUGAAAAACACCCUAAUGAAUUUAAAAGUUCUUUGAACAGCGAAUAUAUUUCAAAAGACAUCGUGGAAAUAGAGGAAGAUAUAACUCACAAAAAUUCUCCUAUUAAUGAAUUAAAGUCAAAUGAUAGUAAAAUAUUAGUACCUUCAGCUACUAAUAAAAUAAUGAAAUACAGUGAUGCCGAUCUGAAUUUUAAAAAUAAAAAAAUAGAAAAGAAAUACUUAUUGGAAAUUAAUAAAAAAUUAGAAAAUAUAAUGAAUUCAAUUAAUAAUAUAUCUAAUAUGAUAAAUAAAAAAAAGGAAUCCAUAUUAGAUAAUAAAAGGGAUUUAAAUUCUGUCCGUGAAAUAAUUAGUGAUAAAAAAAGACGUUCUGUUGAAACCAUAGAUGAUAACAUUGAAUUGUCUAAUAAUAAUUUAUAUGAACGAGAGAAUGAUCAUGACCAUUUUUUACCUGAGUUAAGAAAAGAAAGCUGUUUAGAAAAUGUACGCAAUAUUAAUGAAAAAAAGAAAAAUUAUACAUUUAAUAAUCAAAUUGUUGCAUAUGAUGAUUUGAAAAAUGAUGAAUUAUUCGAAAACUUAUCUAAUAUAAAAUUAGAUAAAAAUAACUCAGUUUAUGAUGAAAAUACAUUAAAUUUAUUAGAUAAAAUUAAAUAUGAGUUAAGUGAUGUAUACAAUGAGAUAUUUAAUUUAAAUAAAUAUAACGAUUUUGUAUCAAUCAAUGAUCAAUCAAAUGAUUUUUCAGGAUUACGCAAUUCCAUGAGUUAUAGUACUAUAUCAAAUACAAAAUCCAAACUUAAAAAUUCUUAUUUAAAUGGUUUAUUAGAUAAUGAAGAUUUCAAUUAUAACGAGUUAAAUAAUCCAUUUAAUAAUUAUUUUAAUUUUUCAAAUAACCAAUCUCUGAAUAAAAAGGAUUUUAAUAACCGAAAUAAAUUGAUAAACAAUAUUGAAAAUAUCAAUUUAUGCUCAAACGAGAGUAUAAAUGAUAUAAUAUAUGACUUAAAUUGUACAGACGAUAUUUUUAAAAGACUUAUAAUACUUUCCAAAAAUUAUUAUAAUAACUUAUCAGAAUAUGAUAAUUAUUUAAUUAAUGCUUAUAAAGAAAAUGAAAAAAAAUAUAAAGGUUUUAAUGAAAUUAAAAAUUCUAAUAAUAUAGAUGACGAAUUAUUUUACAACAAAUUAUUGCCUAGUAAUGAAAAAAAUAACAUAUCUGUUAAUAAUAAUAAUAUUAAUAUUUCUAAUAAAGAUAAUUACAAAAAUAUUAAUAUAAGCAUGAAUAAUUCUCUUAUUUGUGAUACAAAUGGAGAUGUUAGUAUCUACAGUAAAGAAAAGGAAAAUGAUACUUUAAAUAAAUUAAAUAAGAACUCUUUUAUUUUCACUAAUAAUGAUGAAAAUAAUUCUAUCAAUAAUAAUGAUUUAAAAAAAAAAGAAGAUUUUAUAAAUAUGAAUUUACAUAGUUUUAAAAAUUCUUUUGAAAAUUUAACUUUAGAUAAUCAAAAUGAUUUUAACGAGAAAAAUAAUUCAUUAAUAUUAUCAGAAAAAGAUGAAAGUGAUAUUAUUAUAAAUAAAAAGAAACAAUUAUUUUUAUCUGAUGAUGUAUCAAAAAAUAAAAGAAUAGAAGCUGUAAACGAAGGCUUUUCUGGUUAUAGCAAAAAUAAUGAGAUUAUAAAUUACAGUAAUGAUAAUAAUAUGAAUAAUAAUCAUAAUGAUAAUAAUGGUAAUGAUAAUGAUAUUAAUAAUAAGAGGAACAAUAAUAAUAAUAAGGAUGAUAAUGAUAUUGAUAAAAAAAAUAGUAAUGAUAAGGAUAAUAAUAAUAGUAUAAAAUAUAAUAACAGCAAUGAUUUUAAUAAUAAUAUUAGGCUUAUUGGAAAAAAGUUUAAUGAGGAUAAUAAAAAUAGCAAUAAUUUAAUUGAUAAUAAUACUAAUAAUAAUAAUUAUAAUAGUAAUAAUGAUAAUGACGAUAAAGUAAAUAAUUUUUUAGAAAAUGUAAAAAAUGAAAUGUUAAAAUCAGAAGUUAAAUAUGCCACAGAUAACUUCUCAAAUAAUGAAAAGUUAAAUUAUGAUUAUUUCUUUUUAAAUUCUAAUAAUUCUGAUAAUCUUUUAAUGGAGAAAGAAAAUAAUAGUAGUGAAGCUCAAGUUCAUGAGUUAAGCAAUUUUUUCAGUAAGAAUAUGAAUUUUUAUGAUAACAGAAAUUCUAUGACAAAUAAUAUUCCUAUUUCUGAAAAUAUAUUUGAACCCCCUAAAAUAAAUCAUGACACAAGUGAGACAAAAUUAAAAGAAGAGAAUAAGUACUAUGAGAAAUUAAAAAUAAAAAAGAAUAAUUCAUAUAUCAGCAAUCCAAAUGAAAAAAUUGAUGAGCAAUUGUCAUAUUUACAGAGUAAUUUUGUACUAAAUAAAAGGGAAGCAACUAAAAAUCCCUUAUCUAUUAUAAAAGGUCAAGAAAAUUGCUAUCAUAAUCAAGAUAAUAUUUCAUCAAAUUUUUUAAAUGCAGAGAACUUAUUAAAUAGUGAUUCUCUAAAAUAUGAUAUAAAUUCACAUGAUAAAUAUGAUAUAAUUAUAAAUAAUAACUUAGAAAAUAAUAGUAUAAAUAGAAAAUAUUUAAAUAAUCAUUUGAAUAAUGGAAUAUUAAGAAAUGAUAAUAUUAGGGAUAAUUUAUUAAUGGAUAAUAAUAGUAAUUUAAUAGUAGAUGCUAAUAUAAACAAUAGUGAUAAUAAUUUAUUGAAUCAAAAUAUUUUGAGCAAUGGCAUUGUAAAUAACAACACAAUUAAUGAAAAAAUCAUAAAUCUUGAUAUUGCGAAUUAUAAUAAAAUUGAUGAUAAUAUUAUAAAUAACCAUUUAAUAAAUGAUAACAUAAAUUAUUACAAUACUUCAUCUCAUUUAUUAAAUUAUAGAAAUUUAAAAAAUGAUUUAGAAAACAAUAUUUUUAGCAGUCAAAUAAUAGAUAAUAAAUUAAUAGAUAAUAAAGUCCCAGAUAAUAAUCUAAUAAGUAAUGAAUUUAGGGAUAAUGAUAACUUAAAUAUUUUAUGUGAUGAUAAUUUAAAUCCUUGUAUUAAUUUUCAUAAAGGUGAUAUUGAAGAUUUUAAAAAUAGUUCAUUAGAAAGUAGGACACUCGUAAAUGUUGAUAAUAAUUAUUAUAAAGGAAAAGUGGAAACAAAUGAUAUGAAAGAUUUUUCAGAAAAUGGAAUGAAAAAUAAAAGAAAAUAUAAUUUUUCAAAUGAUCAAAAUUUAAUAGAAGACGAUGCUAUUUCAAAAAGUAUUACAAAAAGUCCCCAAAAUUCAAAAUAUACUACUGAAAAUUUGUCCUCUACAGAAAUAUGGAAAUAUGAUAAUGAUCAUCCAAAACAAUCAAAUGAAAUAAAUUAUGAUGAAAAUACAAAAAAAAGUUUAAAUAACGUAGCAGAGAUAAAAGAUAUAGAAAAUAAAGAUAAGAUUAAUAAUGUGAAUAAAACAAAAUUAAAAAAAAUGUUGGAAAUAACUGAUAAGUUAAUUGGAAAAAAAUAUAGGGGUAUAUCUUAUGAUCCUACGAGAAAUGGAUGGUCAACAUUUGUCUAUAAAGGAGGAGUAAGACAUAAAAAAUUUUUUUCUUCAUUUAAAUACGGAAAUUUAUUAGCAAAAAAAAAGUCAAUAGAAUGGAGAUUAAAAAAUUUGAACCCUAAUUCACAUGCAUAUGCUUUUUCCUUGCAAGCUAAAGAAGAAUUUAAUGCAAUUUUAAAUAACGAUUAUGAAGAAAUGAACACUUCAAGUGAUAAAAAAAAUCAAGAUAAUUCGGAUAAUAUGAAUAGAGAUAUUUUAUAUAUAAACGCCUUUUUAAAUUUAUUUAAUGAUGAAAAAGAAAAGAAAUAUUCAUCAGAUGAGAGUGAUAAAAUGAAAAAAUCAAGAAAUAAUGAAGUAAAAAACAAUUCUAAAAAAAAAAUUAAAAAGAACAAUAUUGAAAGUAACUGUGAUUCAUCAAAUAAAAAAAAUUUGAAUACAUCAGUAAAUUAUGAUACUAAUAUUAGUUGUUCUAAUGAAUAUACAGCUGAUUUAAAUGAUAAAAAUACAAAAGAUAUUGAUCAAAAUGAAUUUAUAAAUAAAAAAAAAAAUAAUCAGAAUAAAAAUAAGAAAAAUAAAAAAACAGAAGGUGGCAACAAUUCUGAAUAUAAAAAAAAUAAGAAAGAAAGAUAUAUGAACCUAAAAAAAAAAAAAUUUAUUAAUAAAUUACACCUUAAGAAUAAUUUUAAAAAUUUUAGUGAUAUUAAUAAACUUGAAAGUGACGGUAUAUUAUUUGAAAAAAUAAAUGAAAAUAAUGAUAUUGGAAAAGAAAAUGACUCUUGUAAUUUAAAAAAAAAUGAUCGAGAUAAUGAUUCUUUUUUAAAUGAAAAAAAUUUUUCAGUUUUUUUGAAUGAAAAAAACUUAAAUUCGAAAAUUCCAUAUAAUACUGAGAAUAAUAUCAAAAAAAUAGCUAAUAAAGAAAGUUAUAAAAAGGUUAACAUGAAAAUAAAUAAAAAAAAAAAAAAAAAAGAAAAAAAUAAUAAAAUUAAUGGAUCAUAUAAUGAUUCCCUAUCGAAUAAAUAUUUUGAUAAAACAAAGUUUUAUGAAAAAGGUGAUGAACAAAUUAAUUCUGAUAAUGAAAACAAAUUUAAUAGCAUGUGUUUGAGUAACUCAUCAGAUGAUAUAUCCAUAAAUAAUUCUGAAGCAAUAAUGAAUGAAAAAAAUAAUUCUUUUAUAAAAUAUAUGAAUAAAAAAAAAAGAAAAAGAAAUUUAAGAGAUAAAAACGAAUCAAUUAGUGAAAUAGACAUAUUAGAUAAAAAUGAUUCGGCAGAUGAAAAUAAUUUAAUGAAAGAAAAUGAAUUAUUUGAUAAGAUAUAUUCAUUAUGCGAAAAUGAUUAUAUAGAUUACGAUAAUAUUUUAGAAAAAAUUGAAGAAUUUAGUGAUGACGAUUCUACAAACAAAAAUUAUAUAUCUUAUAAUUCUGAGGAUAUAAAUGAAGAUAACAUAUUUGAUGAUAAGUAUUUAAUGGAAAAUUUUCAUUUAGUAGACAAAAAUAAAUUAGGAAAUAAAAUGGAAGUUCAAGAUGAUAAUAAAUUGAAAAAUAAGAGUAAUAUGGUUAAUGAAGACAAUUAUUUAAUGAAUGAUAAUGGUACGUUGACUGAAGUUGAUACUGCUGAUGAAGAAGAAAUUAUAAAUAAAUUUUAUUCAUUAGGAAAGAAUGAUUCAAUAAAAGAAAAUUCUUGGACAAAAGAAAUGAAUAUUAUGAAUAGUAUGAAUUCAAUAGAAGAUAAUGAAAUUAUAAAUGAAGAAAAAGAAUCAAAUGAAAAUAAAAUAAAAGAUAUAAAGAAAAAUGAAAUAAAUGAAAAUACACAAAAAAAAAUGAAUAUUCCAAACGAAAAAGAAAUUGAUGAUACUAAUGAAAAUAAUAAUGAAAAUAAAAUUGACUCUUAUUUUUCAGUUUAUCAUGAUAGAAACAGCAAUAUUUUGAGUCAAAACAGUUUUAAACAUAUAGAUGAACUUAGUGAAGAGAAAAGAAAGCUUUAUGUGGGUAAUAAAAAUGUGAAUGAUCAAAACUAUUAUAUUUAUAAGGAUAAAUUAUUAAAAUAUAUGAGUGAAUGCACGUGUACAAAUGAAGAAGAAAAAAAUGUUUUUAUGAAGUUUUUGAAUUUGAAAACAGGAUGGAUUUUACUAGAAUUAAGUGAUUUAGAGGAAACUUAUCAUGAUUAUUUUAGAAGUAAGAUAGAAUCAUUUUAUAAAGCAUAUUUGCUAAAAGUGAAAAUUAAUAAUAGACAGAAUGAAAAUAUUAAGGAACUUCAAAUAAUUUUUGAAAAAAAAUUAAAUACUCCAUGGAAACAUAUGAUAUUUCCAUUAUAUUUUUUGUACAUUUUUAAUUAUAAAAUUUUUUCUAUCUUAAAACGUACAAACAAAAAAGUAAGUAUUACGAAUGAUGUUAAUGAUAAACAACUUAAAAGUAACAUUAGGGGAAUAAAUUACAUAAAAUAUAAAAAGGCUUGGUGUUUCACAUAUAUUGAUAUAGAUGAAAAAAAGAAAAAAAAAUGUUUUUCAAUUCUUGAGUAUGGAUUUAUGGAAUCCAAAGCCUUAGCAAUAUUAUUUCGAAAGAGUUUUGUUUCUCAUUUAACUAAAGUGCAAAAUUUUUUAAAAAAUGUUAUAUUUAGAAAUAAAUUGACAACUAUAAAUAAGUUGAGUAAUUAUAAGACAAUAUAUGAUUAUAUAGAUUAUUAUAAGAAAUAUGAAGAAUUUUUAGUUUGUUAUGGCAAAAUUAUUUAUUUUAAUGAAAUGAAAUAUAUAUAUUUAUCCUCUGGAAACAAGCAAAAUGCACUAAAUUACCUACCGUUUGAAGUACACGAUAAAUUAUCUAAUGAAAUAGAGCCAAUAAACUUAAUAACAGCUACAAGAAAUUAUUUUUCCAAAAAAUCAAAAUUAUUAAAAUUUCCUAAAGGUGUUGUAUAUUUAUCCGGUUACUUUUUAUGGGUAGCAUUAUUUUUAAAUAAAAAUAAUAAAGAAAUAAUUUUUUCUUUCUCAGUUCGUAAAUAUUCUUUUGAAAAUGCUAAAGCUAGAUGUAUUGAAUGCUACUAUUGCUUAUUACAUAAGUAUAAAUUUCAUCCAAUAAAUAUAUCUGGGGUAAUAGAUUUAGUACUAGAAAGUGACAUAGAAUGUAAAAGCUAUAAUCUUUUAGAUUAUUCUUCUGAAGAAUUAAUAUCAUUAGAAUAUUUAUUUCAUUAUUUUUCUCCAUCAAAUUAUAUAAUUAAAGACGAUACAGUUUAUAAAAAGUUUUCCUCUAUUGAAAAAGAUCUUCAUAAAGAAUAUGAUCAAAUGUUUCCAAACGAAUAUGUCCAUUUGGAUAAUUAUCAAAGUUAUGAAACAAGGGAUAAUUAUUUAUGUAAUGAAAUUUAUAUGAACAAUGAAUGUAAUUUCUUUUCGAAUAGCUGUAACAAUACAUCUAUUAGAGAUGAUAGUAUAUAUGUUGAUGAUGACUCUAAGAUGGAGCAAAAUACCUUUAAAGAAAAUAUUGAUUCAAAGAUUUAUUUGGAUAAAAAUUAUACCCCAAAUAUCAAUAAAGAAGGCAAUGAUCAGAAUAUUUAUGAAGAAAAACUUAGUAAUAAAAAUUCAUGUAAUAGUUCUUUUGAAAGUAUAUUUAAUAUCAAUAAUGAUAGUAUAAAUCAUAAUGCUUCAACGCAUAAAUAUGAAAUUAUUGAUGAAAAUGAAAUUAAAAAUGAAACGGAAAAAAAUAUCGACAAUUAUAUUUUAAGAAAUUAUUCCAAUACUUCUAAUGAUUUGAGAACAAUUCACAACAAAAAAUGUGAUAAGAAAAACAUUCCUUUAUAUUUUACUGAUGAUGAAAAAAAAAAAACCAUAUAUAGAAGUAAUUCACAUAAUGAAGAAAACAAUUAUGAUUUCGUUUCAACUAUGCAAAAUGAGAAAACAAAAAAGGAAGAAAAUAAAUUUAGCAGUACAAGAAAUUUUAUUAAUAAAGAAAAUUUAAGCAAAAUAAAAACACGUGAAAACUGCAAUGAUGCAAAUAAUAAAGAUAAAAGUGUCAUCCAUUUUAAUGAAAAUUCGAACGAAGAGAAAAAAAAUAGUUUAAUAAAUCAAAAUAAUGAAAAAUUUAAUGAUUGUAUUAAUGACUACAUGUUCCAAAAACAUUUUAACAUGUUAGUUGAAAACAUAAAUGAUAAUAAUACAAAUAAGAAUAAUAAAAAUACUUUCAAUGAUACUAAUAUCUAUAUUAAUCAUGCUGAUAAAAUAAAUAAUAAUUAUAGAUAUUCCUCUGAAGAAAAGAAUAUCUCCUUCAAGAAAAAAAAAUAUAAUGAACUAGAAAAAGAAAAUAACCAGGAGUAUGGAAACACUUUUCAUUUAAAUGACCAUAAAGCGAAUGAUUUCAAUAAUUCAAUAGAUGAAGACAAUCUAGAAAAAAAAAAUGACUCAGAACAUUUUUUUAAUGAGAAUAAUUUUCAGCAAGAAUACAAAAGUAAUGACAAAUCAUUCUUAAACUCAGAUUAUUAUAAGAAAAUUUUGAAUAAAAGUAUAUAUCAUUUUUUUGAUAAUAAUUUACAAGAUGAUUAUUUAAAAAAAAAGUAUAAUGAAUUAUUUAAUGAAAGUGAAGUUAAAAUAAAUUUAUUUAAAAAAAUAGAUAAAAAAGAGGAACAUCUGGGAAUUUUUAUGUUAUUAAAUUGCCAGUGGUUAUCUGAUUCUUUUGUUAAUAAUAUUCAUCAAAUAGAAACGAAAUAUGCUAACAUUUACUCUUUUGAAAAUUAUCGUAAUACACGUGAGGAAAUUCUAAAAUGGAAAUGUAAAAAAAACUUUAUUAAAGAAUGCUCAGAAAUAGCUAAAAAAUUUCCGAGAAAAGUUGGAGUCCAUUAUGAUUCUUAUGCGCAUGCUUGGGUGGUUAACUGUUCCUUUAAUGGAAAAAGACAUGAUAAAAAAUUUUUAGUUAAGACGUUUGGUUUUCUACAAGCAAGAAAAUUAGCCAUUGAACACAGAGAAAAAUGGAUGCAAUUAAAAAAAUUUCACAGUAUGCAAAAUUUAAAAAAAAAAAUAAAUAAAAAAUAA